AUGGUCUCCUACUACCACGACGACACUGUGAACGAUGGCCCUCUCCUCCCCGUCGAGCUGUGUGAACAUAUUCUCGACUUCGUCUGGCCCGAUCGCAUAACCCUUCUCUCCUGUGCACUCGUUUGUCGAGCGUGGCUCCCGCGCGGUCGCCUCAAUCUGCUCCACCAAGUCCGCCUUCGCGACAGGACGCAGGCAUGGUCCCUCUCCAGUUUCCUCUCUCGACACGCCGUCUGCUGCUCAUCCGUACGGGUGCUUCAGAUAUCGCCCCGCUACUCAGGGUGGACCCUCACGCGCGCCUUCCCGCUCCUUUUUGUUGGCAAACUCUCGCACGUCGAGCACAUCCGCCUCGAGAACCGCUGUGGCUUCAACUUCUUCGCCCAGCCGCGGUCUCUGACCGCGCUCGGUCAGUUUGUUUCCGUGAGGAAGUUGGAAAUCAGAGGCUAUAUGCUCCCGUCGCUGCAUUCGUUUGGCCGCCUCAUAACGGCCCUACCCAACAUAACCACUCUGAUUUGCCGGACCAUCCGGUGGUCCACGGUGGAUUACUCGCCCGAGUCCUUCAGGCCUGUCUCCGCACGCCUAAAGCUCACCACCAUGGCCAUGUCGGACAUUAGAUGGUAUGAUGAGUUGGUCGACAUGCUCGCUGACAUCGUCGAUCUGAGGUCCUUGCCCACCCUGAACAUUCAAUCCGUCCAGAUGCAGGAGCUACAGCCAGUGAACAGACUAAUCGAUGCUGUUGGUUCCGCGCUCCGGCAUCUCGUCCUAAGCCCCAGUCCUACGUCUUGGCCGGCCAGGAAUGCCAGUGCAUUUCCUACACUCACCAGUAACGUCAAUCUACGAACUCUCCGUCUGCAUUUCCACGACCGAGGCGAAUGGAUCGUCCCCAUGCUCUCCGAGCUCGCGUCUGAACCGCGGCCUUUCUUGGCACUGAGGAUCUCGAACCAGGAGAUCUUGGACGAAGAGAGUCUGCGUCUACUGCGACUAGAUCGUCUUGCCGAGAUCGUCGCGCAGCAUCGUUUGAACCCCAGGGAACUCGUCUUCUGUCACAAGCGGUCCAUAUUUGGCGUAGACGAGUAUCAUGCAGAAGUGCGACGGUGCUUACCAGACGCGGCAGCCCGUGGACUUCUGCGCAUCGAACCGAGUGAGUUUGUCUGCAUUGUACGACCUCAUGUACGUGAGUCGACUCACUCCCGCGAUAGGUGA